AAAACAUCGCGUGGGACCAUCUCAUAGAUGGGUCAUUUUUCAACGCAACUAUUCAAGAGCUCGAGAGAGCGGGAGAGAAUCUCCAGAACUUAGCUGAGUUGACGGAUGGCGGAUUUCUAGCUACCAUUGGCGUAUACCAUGAACUUCAUUGCAUUCGACAACUUCGACUCUAUGUAUACAGGGACAUAUACUAUCCGAACCUCACACAUACAGGAGAAGGCCAUCUACAAGAGCAUCUCGGUAUAUACCCAUGCAUUCUUCCGUGUGUUAAAGUGCUCAAGACUAACAAUAUUUCUCUAAGACCAUUGCCUCGAGGCUCUACGUCAGACGAUCAUGUGCUAUGGGAACACCGCACUUACAACCUUUUACUGGGAAGCCCCUAUCUCUCGGCAGCCGUCAGUGAGGUCGAAUUCAAAGUCUUUAUGUGCUAAUUGGGAUUCCAUUGAGAAUUGGACCUAUUCUAGGAAGGUUUCGGUUGACCCAGAUUAUAAGCGAUCAUCUGGGAAAUAAAAAAGUGGUGUGGAGUGA